CCAGUAGGUAUAGAGCUUGCAGUGGCUGCUGCUGCUGCGUCAAGUGUCUUCAUCGAGUCAACCUGCAAUCAUGCACGGUGCUCAUUCUGCGCGCGUGUCGCAAGUUGCAAUGUUUGUUGUUGGGCAAAUGAGAACCUUCUGAACCGAGCGGUUACAUUCAAACUUUUCGCUCCAAAUUCUCGCGAAAGAAGAUACGUACGUUAACUACACACUGCAAUAAUUAUUACCAUUUAAGAUUAACAAACAGCGUAAGAUAUAUCAAGUUGAAUCACUGCAUGAAGACGAUUUUUCCUUAUCACAGUGAUUGCGGCUUAACAAUAAGGAAAUAAGUAUCAAUAACUGGAACAGUCAAGCAUCUGUGUAUAAACUCAAGAAUGGCAGAUUCAGAUUUAUUACAAAAUAAAAUCAUUGGUUUUAUUGGUGGAGGAAACAUGGCUCAAGCAAUUGGAAUGGGGAUUUUGAAAAAAGGCAUUAUAAAACCAAAUAACAUAUGGAUAUCAAGUCGUACAGAGAAAACUUUGAGCAUCUGGAAGAAUGUGGGAGCAAACACAACUUUUAAAAAUUAUGAGGUUGUUCAAAAAAGUGAUAUCAUACUGUUGUGUGUGAAGCCUCAGCUAUUAAAUGAAGCACUUGAAACAAGCAUCCCUCCUAGUAAUUGUGAUCAAGAAAAACUAUUUAUAUCAGUUAUUGUUGGAGUGACUUUAGCUGCUUUACAAGCAAAAUUAAGUAAAAUAGUUUCAAAGCCAAGGAUAGUCAGAUCUAUGCCUAACACUCCUCUACUAGUAUCUGAAGGAAUAACUGUUUAUUGCAGCUCAUUGACUACUGAAAAUGACGAAGCUGUCAUGAAGUUAUUGUUUUCAAGUACAGGAAUAUGUGAAAAAAUUCAAGAAUCUCUUAUGAACAGUGCAGGCGCACUUACAGGAUCAGGACCUGCUUAUGGAUACAUGAUAGUAGAGGCACUUGCUGAUGGAGCAGUAAGAAGGGGUAUUCCCCGGGAGACUGCUACUAAAUUUGCAGCUCAGGUUCUUGUGGGUGCGGGAAAAAUGAUAUUGCAAACAGAGAAACAUCCCGGGCAGUUGAAAGAUGAAGUCUGCUCACCAAAUGGUUCAACCAUUGCGGGAGUUCAUGCAUUGGAGUCAGGUGCUGUGAGAGCUUCGUUGAUGAAUGCCAUAGCAGCAGCUGCCAGUCGAUCAGAUGAAUUAAGUUCGUCAACUCAAAAUUAGAAAAAGGCAUUUCUAGUGCAAGCAAGGCUACAAAAGUAUUUUUUUGCAGUUACCUGAUAGAUCAUAGUACGUAUUGUUACUUAAUAUUUUUGUAAGUCGAUGGAUUUAUUUUUUAUUGAAGCAUCGCGUUUGUAAUAGAGUUAAUUAGAGGUAUUAGCAAAAUCAAUAGUGAACUAGUUAACGCAAUAAAAAAAAAAUUAAUUGG